CCCCGACCUCAAGGGGCCGCUGCGACAUGAUUUGCUCCAGGCGCAGGGCCGCUCUAGCCACGCCCAGGGAAGUCACUGUCCUCACCUUUUAGGAGCCCGCGCCUCGGUUCCAGCGGACGCUUACCCUGAUCUCGGCUCUAACACCAUCCACUGCCGUCUUACCGCCCACCAUGGCCCUCCUGCACUCCAGCCGCAUCCUCUCGGGAAUGGCUGCUGCCUUUCACCCAGGCCUAGCUGCUGCAGCCUCUGCCAGAGCCAGCUCCUGGUGGACCCAUGUCGAAAUGGGGCCUCCAGAUCCCAUCCUGGGCGUUACCGAAGCCUUCAAGAGAGACACCAACAGCAAGAAGAUGAACCUGGGAGUUGGUGCCUACCGGGAUGAUAACGGAAAGCCUUACGUGCUCCCCAGUGUCCGGAAGGCAGAGGCCCAGAUUGCUGCAAAAAAUUUGGACAAAGAAUACCUGCCCAUUGGGGGACUGGCUGAAUUCUGUAAGGCUUCUGCAGAACUGGCCCUGGGCGAGAACAACGAAGUGUUGAAAAGCGGCCGGUUCGUCACUGUGCAGACCAUUUCCGGGACUGGAGCCUUAAGGGUCGGAGCCAGUUUUCUGCAAAGGUUUUUUAAGUUCAGCCGAGAUGUCUUUCUGCCCAAACCAUCCUGGGGAAAUCACACGCCCAUCUUCAGGGAUGCCGGCAUGCAGCUCAAAAAGAAUCUCUUUGCAUUCUUUGACAUGGCCUACCAAGGUUUUGCCAGCGGUGAUGGUGAUAAGGAUGCCUGGGCCGUGCGGCACUUCAUCGAGCAGGGCAUCAAUGUCUGCCUCUGCCAAUCGUAUGCCAAGAACAUGGGCCUGUACGGUGAGCGUGUGGGAGCCUUCACGGUGGUCUGCAAAGAUGCAGAAGAAGCCAAAAGGGUGGAGUCACAGCUGAAGAUCUUGAUCCGUCCCCUGUAUUCCAACCCACCUCUCAAUGGGGCCCGGAUCGCAGCAACCAUCCUGACUUCUCCAGACUUGCGGAAGCAAUGGUUGCAGGAGGUGAAAGGCAUGGCUGACCGCAUCAUCAGCAUGAGGACCCAGCUGGUCUCCAACCUGAAGAAAGAGGGCUCUUCCCACAACUGGCAGCACAUCACCGACCAGAUUGGCAUGUUCUGUUUCACCGGCCUAAAGCCGGAGCAGGUGGAGCGGCUGACCAAGGAGUUCUCGGUCUACAUGACAAAGGAUGGCCGAAUCUCCGUGGCAGGGGUCACCUCUGGCAAUGUGGGCUACCUUGCCCAUGCCAUUCACCAGGUCACCAAGUAAUUCCCAGGUGCGAAGGAACAGAGACCACUUUCCCGACAGCCUUUGCACUCGUGAGCAUCACGUGCAGGGUGAGGGAGGGUGGGUGGUGGUGAAUAGAUCNGGUUUCCAACCACGGUGCAUAACUCAGCGACUGAACUCGUUCCUCGGAAGAGAGGUAGGGCGGAGGCUUCCUCGGCUGGUAUCUGGAACUUCGUCGGCUCUAAACCAAACUCCCUCAUCCUCUUGUCUCCAGCUUUUCUGAAAGUUUACACACACAAGAAAAAUCACAGCACCAAACACCUGUCAGCCAUGGCACUGGAAUAGGUCAGACGCUUUACCUAAAGCCUCAGGUGAUAUCAGGGGCUCCCCCAUGGACCCCGGUAGAGCCUCCCGUAAUAGAGGCUGUAAGAGAAAAAUAACUAGUUCUGUCAUUAACAGUUGUCCUCAAGUUCGUCCUCCUGGUGUGGAGCAAACUGUGUCAGCAGACCACAUUACAGAAAUUAUGCUUUACAAAAACCAACAGGUCUGUUGCCACUUCAACAGGGACA